GGUCAGCCUCUCGACUUAACCUCGUCCAAUCGCAGUGUUCAUUGAUCUCAGUCAACCAAUCACAGGCCGUGACGCUCAUAGCAGGCUGUGGGCGUGGUCCUAAGUAGGAAACAUCUCGGAACAUGGUUACAAAGUUCGAGAGCAUGGCAGAGAUCGGCGGCUGGUCGGGGGGUGCGGUCCUCUUCCUGGAGUCUCUCUGUCCUCACGUGAACCUGCUGUCGCUCUACAAGGACCCGCACCACAAGUUCACCCUCUUCAAGGUCAUCAAGCUGACCCUGACAGAUUCUGCGGGGGGGCUCGGUGGCUAUGAGAUCCUGAAGCUGCACGACGCGGACCCCCUGCUGGGCGUGGAGCUGAAGUUCGUCGAGCUGGAGGCGUGCCGGCGCUUCCUGCAGAGCUACGUCUCCGGGACGCUGCGGCAGGCGCUGGCCCAGCACGCCGGACGCCUGCUGGCCGCCGCCCCCGAGGUCAAGGUGGAGACGCAGCUCAAGGCCGGGACGCACACGCUGGACCUCUGCCUGGACAGCCUGGAGGACUGCCUGGAGCACAUACACCUCUCCCAGUCGGCGCGUCUCUGUGACGACGAGAUGGAGGACCUGGAGCAGCGGCUCCAAGAGCAGGCCUUGGGGGGGGCGGCCCCGGAGCCCCCCCCGGCCCCGCAGCCCCCGCAGAGAGACUGCUUCCGCUUCCAGACCGGGACGUUCGAGGACCGUAUCCUGACCGCCGCUGACGUCCACAGCUUCUCCAACGGCGUGGGCCGGCAGUGGAAGCACGUGGGCCGGGCGCUGGCCCGGGGCUGCCGCGCCCUUAAGGGUCCCGCCAUCGACAACUUGGCCUACGAGUACGAGCGGGAGGGGCUGUACGAGCAGGCCUACCAGAUGCUGAGCCGCUUCACGCAGGCCGAGGGCAGCGCCGCCAAGCUUGGCCGGCUGGUCGGCGCGCUGGAGGACUGCCGGCUGACCGGGCUGGCCGAGAGCCUGCUGGGCUCCCAGUGACCGUGUACUCUACUGGGACGGUCUCCAUGACCCUGUACUGUACUGGGACGGUCCCAUGACCCUGUACUGGGAUGGUCUCAUGACCCUGUACUUGGAUGGUCCCAGUGACCGUACUGUACUGUGACUGUCCCAGUGAUUGUGUACUGUACUGGGGCGGUCCCAGUGUACUGUACUGGGACGGUCCCAGUGACCCUGUACUGUACUGGGACAGUCCCAGUGACCCUGUACUGUACUGCACUGGGACGGUUCCAGUGACUGUACUGUACUGGGACGGUCCCAGUGACCCUGUACUGUACUGGGACGGUCCCAGUGACCAUGUAACUUACUGGGAUUGUCCCAGUGACCACCGGGUUCCUUUUACUGUCCCAGUGACCGUGUACUGUACUGGGACGUCCCAGUGUAGGGUGCAGAGGAGGGGUGGAAGAUGUACUUAUGAAAUUUUUGAUCUUUGGUUUGUUUGUGUGUGUCUUUUUUUAUGUUUUCUCUAUGUGUUUGCGUGUGUGUGUGUGUAUGUGUGUGUGUUCCGGUGUUCUUGGUGCAGCAGGCGGCCUUGUGUCUGACUUCCAUUUUUAUAUUUUGAGCGUCGUUGUGUUAAUCCUCCAGUACACUCAGCCUCUGGUCACUCCUGUUCUGGCCAAGAGCAAAUUGUCAAACGUGCCUUUUCUACUCUCCAUUUGUAACCAAAGAAUGAUUGAAUCAGAUAUAACCUUUGAGGUAUUAGACUUGUAAAUGCUGAGCACAAAUGUGAUUGUUACUGGGUAUUUCUGUUUAGCCAAAUGGGCGGAUUAAAUGGUUGUAAAACAGUCUGCAUGUUUAUGUUGGAUGCAUUAGUAUAAUUGAAGAUGAAAAUAAUUUAGAAAAAAAUUCCCUCAGGUAUAAUUUGCAAUAAUCCCUCUCUCUCUCUCUCUCUCUCUCUCUCUCUCUCUCUCUCUCUCUCUCUCUCUCUCUCUCUCUCUCUCUCU